AGUCAUACAUACAAACAAACAUGUUUAAUUUGUCUUAUACAAUGGCAUCGCUUUCUUGGCUCUCAAGAACUGACGAGCUUCUUGGUUCUCAAGCAUUGACGCUGGCCUAAUAAAAGAAAGUCCAAGUCAAGUACAUAGAAACAAAGAGAGGUAGGUGAGUUUAACACACAAUAAGUCCUACUAGCACAUAUAUAAGCUCAUUUUACGCACUUCUCUGCUCAUUUUACAACUCAACUGAUACCGUGCUGCACAUUCUAUGCUUUCGCUGAUGUGAAUAAGAAUAUUGUGUCGAAGAAAUGUGUUUUAAACGCUGUUUAUUUUUUCUGCUGCCCGUCUUCUUUCUUUCAUUUCUAUGUGAUGGAUCAACUAUGGCUGCAGCCAGCGGCAAAAGCACAACAAGUAUCGGUGUAGUCAUCGAUGAGGAUUCUCGAGUUGGUAAGGAACAGAAAAUAGCCAUGAAAAUUGCAGUUCAGAAGUUGCACUACUCUACGAAUCACAAACUGACAAUUCAGUUCCGAAAUAUCAGCUCUGGCAAUCCCCUUCAAGCAGCUACUGCAGCUGACGAAUUGAUUAAAGUUGAGAAAGUCCAAGUACUUGUUGGAUCACCGGCUUGGCAGGAGGCUGCUAUAGUUGCUGAUGUUGGAAAUCGAGCUCAAGUGGCAGUAAUCUCACUUGCAGCCUCCUCAGUUUCGCCAAAAUUAGCACAUGUAAGGUGGCCUUUUCUGGUACAAAUGGCUGGCAAUAGCUUGAAAGAGAUGGAAAGUGUUGCAGCCAUUGUUCAUUCCUACAGUUGGAGAAAAGUCAUAGUUAUUUAUGAAGAUGAUGCCUACGGUGAUCCUGGAGCACUGGCUCUGCUAUCAAAAGCACUUGUAGACAAGGGGUCGGACAUUGAAUAUCGUUUAGUACUUCCAUCAUAUACUUCUUUAUCCGAUCCCCAAGGAUUUAUAGGUGAUCAGGUAGCCAAGUUAUCAAGUAGAAAAUCUCGAGUUUUUAUAAUCCUGCAAUCUUCCUUAAUAAUAGCCAAACAUCUGUUGACAGAAGCUAGAAAGAUUGGAUUAAUGGGGAUGGAUUCUGUAUGGAUAGUUACUGAUUCUAUUACAAGUGUUAUGGAUUAUAAUGACUAUUCCUUCGUCGCGUCCAUGGAAGGUGCUAUUGGGACCAAGUCAUAUUACUCUGAAGAAACUAGUAUUUUUAUGGAGUUGAAAGCUCAGUUUCACGAAUUUAUUAAAUCAGAUUAUCCAGAGGAGGAUAAUUUGGUGCCUGGAGUUCAUGCCCUACGUGCGUAUGAUAGUAUAAUGGCUAUUUAUCAUGCUGUGACAAAGUUAGCUAGUGAUGAAAGUACUACCAAGGAAACUUUGUUAGAAGGCAUUCUAUCAAGUAAUUUUCUAGGCUUGAGUGGGAAGAUUAGUUUCCAUGACGGAAGUUUAUUGGAUUCUUCCAACGUGAGAAUCAUAAAUGUUGUUGAACAGAGUUACAAGGAUCUUGGAUUUUGGUCGUCAAAAGGAUUCUUGAAAAAUGUUAACCAAGUUAAAGGGGGUGGUCACAGCAUGAAGACACUGGGCACUGUGGUGAGUUGGCCAGGUAAUUUAACCCGAGAUCCAAAAGGCUGGGCGAUGCCCAGCGAUGUAAAGAAAAUGAAAAUUGGAGUUCCUGGAAGGACAGUUUAUCCAAAUUUUGUGGAGGCCGUAUUAGCUGAUAAUAAUUCAGACAGCGUGUAUAAUUUCUCUGGAUUUUGCAUCGACGUCUUUGCUGAGGUAGUAAAUAUUUUGAAGGAUAAUUAUUCUUUGCCUUAUGAGUUCUUCCCCUUCGAUGGAACUUACGAUGAUCUGGUCUUCAGUGUUAGCAACGAGACUUAUGAUGCUGUGGUGGGGGAUGUAACUAUAUUAGAACAUCGUGCAAAAUUCGUGGAGUUCACGCAACCAUUUGUUGAAUCUGGCUUGUCAAUGAUGGUCCAGUACAAACCGGAACCUACCAGAGCUUGGUUGUUUCUAAAACCUUUCAGUCGCAGUAUGUGGCUAGCAACACUUGGGAUUCUGUUUUACACUAUGUUCAUUGUAUGGUUCUUCGAACGUAAAUCAAAUCCAGAUUUCAAAGGAGCGUUCAGAGAUCAGCUUGGCACGACUAUGUGGUUCACCUUUUCAACUUUGUUCUUUGCACAAAAGGAAAAGGUUUACAGCAACUUUACGAAAAUGGUGGUUGUGGUUUGGCUGUUUGUUGUGCUGGUUCUUACCUCCAGUUACACGGCUAGUCUGAGUUCAAUGCUCACAGUUGAAAGGCUUCGGCCAAAGAUAGAAGACAUAGAUUGGUUAAGGAAAACAAAUGCAACAGUUGGCUGUGAUCGUGGUUCAUUUGUUAAAGGUUACUUGACAAAUGUAUUAAAACUUGAGAACAUAGAAUACAUCGGAAGCCAAGAUGAAUAUUCUUCUAAAUUUGACAAAGGAAAUAUUGCAGCAUCAUUCAUUGAGCUCCCAUACCAGAAAUUCUUUCUCAAAGAUAAAUGCAAUCACUACACUACUGUUGGACCUACCUACAGAUUUGGAGGUUUCGGGUUUGCUUUUCAAAAAGGAUCACCGAUAGCUAGAGAUGUAUCAGAGGCCAUUUUAACCAUUACUGAAAAUGGUAUUCUUAAAGGCUUGGAAGAGAAAUGGUUUAUUUUAACAACCAACUGUUCUGCUUCAAGAAACACAGGCAGCCUCACCAUUGAGAGCUUCUGGGGAAUAUAUCUUCUCUCUGGUGCCACCUCUACACUCUGCUUUCUCAUCUUCAUUGCCAAAUUACUAGUCCUUCGACGUAUCAAAAACCAAAACCAGAGAAAUCAAGUAACUCGUGACAUUCCAUCAGAAGAGGGGAAUUUGAGAAAGUCUAUUGCAAUUGUAAGUUAUAUUCAUAAAACUAGCGAUAGAAUAUCUCCAGUAAGAGCUACAUCCUUCUACCAAAGAGAAGAUAUGGAUUCGUCGAAAUGGAAAGUGAUGAGUCCUUCCCAGGCUCUAGAGCAUGGAAUUCAACUACCUGAAACAAAACACUGAGCACUUUACUUCAGCCCAACUUACAUUCAAAUUUCAGUACCAAGCCUCGUUUCUUUAGGUAAUUGAUGACAUGAACGCCCAAUUCACUUGUGGUUUCUGCUCUGAUGUUUAUUUGGAUAGUCUGAAUUGUAUAGUUUCGUAAGGCUGUCAAGUAUCAGAAUAUUAUUACAGCUUAUAACACGUGUCAUAUUUUUAUUGAUUAUAACUUAAAUAAUAAUCAUCGUC